CAGGCAGAGUGUAAAAUGGCGCACAGCUGUCGGUGGCGGUUCCCCGCUCGGCCCGGGGGGAGCAGCAACUCCGGUACCGGGAGGAAAGCGGGCCGGAUCAGAGUUACUGCCUCUCUGCAGAGUGUUUCGGGAGCCCAACAAAACGCAGCGGGGCUCGGACCUGGCUUUGACGCUGCACUACAAGUCUCCUCGGUUAUCAGAAGCAAUCUGCAGAAAUUUCGGGAUGUUUUGGGAGAAUCGAGUGACUCUAGCAGUGGAGAGGAUGAGGCAUUUGACGGAUUUGGAUCCAUUACAGAACAGAAAAGAAUACACAGUUCUUCAACAGCUUCAUCAGACACUCCCACACAAGAGAGGAAACCCCGAGGUCGCCCCCCACGAGUCCUGUCUGCCCAGAAAUCUCCUUCGCCCUCCCCUUCUUCACUAUCUUCACCCACACAAGCUCAACCUGAGGCUCUUGAAAAGCCAGCUGAAAGGAUAAAAAGACUGCCAGGGAGGCCACCUGGAGCAGGGGAAAAGAGAAGAGGUCGCCCUCCUUCAAAUAAUAAGAAAUCUUGGGGUACAAGUGCACCAGACGACAGACAUACAAGGACUGAGUUAGACACAGAAGAGGAAGAUGGAAAGAAGGAGAAGUCUCAUCACACGGAUGCCAAGCUUUCUAAGGCUGGCAGCUUAAAGAGACUGAGGGCCACAAAACUCUCACCUCUUAAGUCACGGCUCAAGACUUUGUCAAGUGUACCCAGACGUAGGCGUGGCCGACCACCUUCAGCUGAGCGACUCAAAGCUGAAGCAGCUGCUGCCACUAAGCGUGGUAACUCUGCUCCAGUGAGGGAUGAGGAUGGUGCUGAUGACCAAGACUCUUCCAAUGCUCCAGUUUCACCAUCACCUUCCACACCCAGCAAAACCGCUGGUCUCAGAAAAAGCCCUCGACAUAGAAAGCCAGUCAGGAUAGUUCCCUCUUCAAAACGCACAGAUGCAACAAUUGCUAAACAGCUCCUUCAACGAGCUAAAAAAGGAGCCCAGAAACGUUUAGAAAAAGAAGCUAGUAGUGGAAAUGGGGCAAGCGCCAUUGAGGCUGGAAUCAGAAAGACACAGUUGAAGAACAUCAGGCAGUUUAUUAUGCCUGUAGUCAGUACAGUUUCCCUUCGCAUUAUCAAAACUCCCAAACGCUUUAUUGAAGAUGAGGGUAGUUUUGGAACACCUCAAAUGAAGAUGCCACGUUUAGAAACAUCCAGUACUGUGUCAACAGGCUCACAACCGCCAACAGUUGUGUCCUCCUCUGCUUCACCCGUACCAGUUUCCUCCACAACGGUUGCCAGCAGCACUGGGGUCACUGCUCCAACAGAUCCCCUUCCUCCACCUCCGACCCCGGCUCCAAUUGCCACAAUCCCAACAGAAUCUAAAAAUGUCGACAAUGACGCAAAUGAUGCUACCAAUGGGAGAUUUAGCAGUGCGGCAUCCUGUGGUUCAAGUGCAGUGUCCCAACAUUCUUCUCAGAUCUCAUCUGCAGAGUCCUCGCGAUCCAGCAGCCCCAGUCUGGAGGACUCUACCUGUGAGUCUCAAGGCUCAGAGGGCACUCAGGCUUUAUCAGAGCCUGAGGAUAACUCCCUUUCUUUACAAGAAGAAAGAGAGACCAAUGAGAUGCACAGCUCCAGGCCUGUCUCUCCUCCCUCUGAGCCUGAACCAGAGCAUAUGCUGGUUGAGAGGAAUCGACGUGGACAUAGAGGUCAGGAGGUGGGACGAGGAAGUCAGAACAGGAGGGUCAGAGAAAUCCUUACAACAGUGCCCAAAAAGCCAAUCAUUAGUCCUCCAACAGGUGUACUGCUCUCCUCCACAGCCCAUGUGAAUGUCCAACAAGCUUCAUCUACAGCCUCUUCCUCCUCUUCACCUCCACCCCCACCACUUCUCAGCCCUCCACAGCCACCUUCUUCAGUCUCCAACACGACAGCUAUCAGUGAACAUCAUGCACAGUCACCCUGGAUCUCUCACUCCAUCCCUCCAUUCUGCUCUGGGCCAUCUGUACUCUCUGGAUUGACUGACAAGCGUAGUCGAUCAAUUUUACGAGAGCCAACUUUCCGUUGGACGUCGCUAUCACACCCUGAGCAACAGUACUUUUCGUCAGCAAAGUAUGCCAAGGAGGGUCUUAUACGCAAGCCCAUCUUUGACAACUUCCGUCCUCCACCUUUAACCCCAGAAGAUGUAGGGCUAAUACCACAAAGUGGUUCAGGUGGAGUUACACCAGUCACAUUCCCAGUACCAAGCAGUGGGGGAGGAACAAAAGCUCUUUUUGGUCCCCUCCAACCUCAUUUGCACACCCAACAAUCUUCCUCUUCCCGUUUUGAUGCACCACUUCAGAAGCGUAGUCCUUUGCUGCGUGCCCCUCGCUUUACUCCUAGUGAGGCCCAUUCUCGCAUUUUUGAGUCUGUGACUUUGCAGUCAUCUUCUGGAAGCAGUCCUGGCUCACUAUCUCCUCAGCAAUCAUCCACAAGUUCAAGCCGAAAUUUCAAGCGCAAAAAACGACCGGUAUCUGGAGCACAUCGUGGCCAUCUGCGGUCUCCUUCCCAUUCAAUGACCAGACGGAGCAGCCAAAUUGGAGGACAAACAUCAAGGGGUAAAAACUCAGAGAAGUCUCUGUUACCAGGCUCUGUUUCUAGUAAUAAUCCCAGUUCUAUACCAGGGGUCUCUGCCAGUCCACUCACCGCAAGUGCCUUAACUCCCUUCAGCACCUUCUCCACAAUGACCCUGGGUCUUGGUGCACAGGCAACACCUGACAGCAGAAGAGGAGCUGGUGGAACCACACCGCUCUCCACUGCAGCAUCAGCUGCUUCCCCACUCUUUCCCCUUUUCCCAACCACUUCACAGGACCAAGGCAGAGGAGUGGGAAAGGGUGGUAAAGAGAGAAGUUUGUCAGCACCACAAGACUCUAGUCAUAAAGAAAAAGAUUUAGACAAAACCAGAGACAAAGAAAAAGAGAAUAAGAAGGAGAACAGAAAGGAUUUGGAAAAAAGAGGCAAAGUUUCAUCAAGGGAUGGUUCACCGAGUACACCCUCCAGUCACUUCAGUGUUGAUGGAAAAGACUCUGAAGCUCUUUCUUCAAAAAAGACUCUGGGACGCAAAAAGUCAGCAACUAUGGAUACAGGUUCUGAUUCUGUUUCUUCAGAAAGCCGCAUGGUCCAAUCCAAUAUGCAGUCAGCUGUUGGGAAAGGUCGUUUUUCUAAAAAAGGUCGACCUUCUGAAAGAGGGGUAGAGGCUGAAAUUGAGGAGAAAGACAAACAAAAUGGCUCUAGUCCACAAACAGCAAGUCUUUCUGGACAGCCAAACAGACAGCUACCAGUCUCCUCAGUUCUGGCUCAAGCAGAGAAGCAACCUGUUACUGACAAGCGUGUAGUCGGACUGCUGAAGAAGGCUAAAGCUCAGCUUUUCAAGAUAGAAAAGAGUAAGAUGAAACCUGCUGAGCCAACUAAGCUAAUGGGGCAAGAAAGUGAUUCAUCAGAAACCUCAGUCCGUGGUCCACGCAUCAAACAUGUAUGUCGUCGUGCAGCUGUGGCCCUAGGCCGCAAUCGGGCAGUGUUUCCUGAUGACAUGCCCACACUCAGUGCCUUGCCCUGGGAGGAGAGAGAAAAGAUUUUAUCAUCCAUGGGAAAUGAUGACAAGUCAUCUGUAGCGGGCUCUGAAGAGGCAGAGCCACAAUCUCCUCCAAUAAAGCCACGGGAAACACGACACAAGCCUGUUCAAGAAGCUCCUCCUAAAAAAGGGCGGCGCUCCCGGCGCUGUGGCCAAUGCUCAGGCUGUCAGGUACCUGAAGACUGUGGUGUAUGCACUAACUGUCUUGACAAGCCAAAAUUUGGAGGAAGAAAUAUCAAAAAGCAGUGCUGCAAGAUGAGGAAGUGUCAGAAUUUACAAUGGAUGCCCUCAAAGAUGUUUCUUCAGAAGCAAGGGAAAGGCAAAAAGGAUAAGAGAAAGAACAAAGUGUCUGAGAAGAGGGAUUCUGUAAAUCCAGUUAAAGGGCCUAAUGUAGACUCUAUUAUGAAACCUACUCCUUCACCAGCAAAGGAGGAGCCUUUGGUUAAAAAGAGUGCAACAUCUCCUUUAAAGCUUUCUGAGGACAAGCUUAGAGAGCAGCCAUCAGAACAAUCAUCUCCCCUGACAGUAUCCCCUCCACCUGUAGACCCUUCUGAACCCCCUGUACAACCCCAGGAUCUGUCCCCAGUCCCAGAAGCGAGCAAUGUAUCCAGUUUGCCCAGUAAGAAAGGACACAAAGCUCAACUGUCAGUGGAAACGUCUUCGUCCUCCUCCUCUUCCACUUCAUCCUCCUCCUCUUCUUCCUCCUCCUCGUCCUCAUCAUCAUCAUCAUCUUCAUCCUCGUCAUCAGCACAGAACUCUCCAGCUAAGACAUCAGCUCUCCAACAAACACAACAGCAGCACUGUCCAGCUAUUAAUCAGGCAAUGUCCAAAAAGGAAUCUCCCAAACUCGUAUCAAGUGAGCCCAGGAGAAGGCUGCAGCAAUCCUCAAGUCAGCAAAGCUCAGUUACACCAGAUCCAGACUCAAAACUAUCAAAAAGGUCAACUUCACGGUCUGUCCCUCCAUCUCCAAAAGAGAGGCCAAAAGACAAGGCACUGACCUCUAAGCCACCCAGCAGCAGUAAUUUAAACUGGCUGAGCACUCCCUCGACUAGGGGCCCAGCAAAGUCCAGAGCACCCCCCUGCGACGGAGUGCAUCGCAUCAGAGUGGAUUUUAAGAGGGACCAUGAUGUAGACAAGGUGUGGGAGGCGGGUGGCCUCAGCCUGCUCACCUCUGUGCCGGUCACACCCAGAGCACUCUGCUUCUUAUGUGCCAGCAGUGGGAAUGUUGAGUUUGUUUACUGCCAGGUGUGCUGUGAGCCAUUCCAUCUUUUUUGUCUGGGGGAGUCAGAGCGCCCUCUGCAAGAACAGUUUGAAAAUUGGUGUUGCCGAAGGUGUAGAUUUUGUCAGGCUUGUGGGCGCCAACACCAGAAAACAAAACAGCCACUACUUGAGUGUGACAAGUGCCGUAACAGCUAUCACCCGGAGUGCCUGGGUACUAACCACCCUACCAGACUCACCAAAAAGAAAAAAGUCUGGGUUUGCAGCAAAUGUGUGCGCUGUAAAAGUUGUGGGGCCACUAAGCCUGGAAAAUCAUGGAAUGCCCAAUGGUCACAUGACUUUUCAAUGUGUCAUGACUGUGCUAAACUCUGUGUGAAAGGGAAACAUUGCCCGCUGUGUGAUAAGCGCUAUGAUGAUGAUGACGGUGAAAGCAAGAUGAUGCAGUGUUGCCAUUGUAAAUGCUGGGUUCAUGCCAAGUGUGAGAAAGUGACAGAUGAAAUGUAUGAGCUGUUGUCCAAGCUCCCAGAGAGUGUUGGCUUCACAUGUACUAAAUGUACAGAGCACUACCCAACACAAUGGCGAACAGAAUUGGAAAGAGAGCUUCAGGGUUGCAUUCGCCAUGUCCUUAAUUCUUUGCUGAACUCUCAUACGUCCAUGCAUCUUUUGCGCUACAGACAGGCAGUGAAGCCUCCAGAGCUAAACCCAGAAACAGAGGAAAGCCAGCCAUCCCGCCGUUCUCCAGAGGGGCCCGAUCCCCCAGUUCUGAUGGAGGCUCCUCCUGGGCCCAGUGACUCACCACAAGAUCUAGAGUCUGUUGAGAAAAAAAUGGAUUUGGGACGCUACAAGUCAGUGCUGGAGUUUGGAGAUGAUAUCGCUAGAAUCAUUCAAACAGCUAUCAACAGUGAUGGUGGCCUGCCUGAGAGCCGCAAAACUAACAGUAUGGUCAAAGCGUUUUUCAUUCGGCAAAUGGAUCGUGUCUUCCCGUGGUUCAGAAUCAAAGAUUCAAGGUUAUGGGAAAGACAAAAAGUCACAGCCAAUAGCUGUCUCCUUCCAAAUGCAGUGCUGCCUCCAUCAUUGGAUCAUAACUAUGCCCAGUGGCAGGAGAGGCAGGAACUUUCUCGAGCAGUGCAACCCCUCUUUACAAAGAAAAUAAUUCCAGCUCCUUGCCCUCAGCCCCCAAGUGAACAAGAUUGUCCUGCAUUGCCUCCUCUGGUCCACUCAUCUCUUCUUCCACCUCCUCCACUAUCAUCUGAUCAUGAAGACAGCCCAGACUCCCCUUCUCCACCUGGUAUUGGUGACAACAGGCAAUGUGCUUUAUGCCUCAAAUAUGGUGAUGAGAAUCAUAAUGAAGGGGGUAGGUUGCUUUACAUUGGUCAGAAUGAAUGGACCCAUAUUAACUGUGCCCUUUGGUCUGCUGACGUGUUUGAGGAUGAUGAUGGCUCCCUAAAAAAUGUUCAUUUGGCUGUUCACCGAGGAAAGCAGAUGUGCUGUGAGAAGUGUCAAAGGCCUGGGGCCACAGUUAGCUGCUGCCUUACCUCUUGCUCCAAUAACUACCACUUUAUGUGUGCCCGCCAAUGUCAUUGCAUCUUCCUGGAGGACAAGAAAGUGUAUUGUUCAAAGCACAGAGACUUGAUUAAAGGAGAAGUUGUGUCAGAGUUUGAGGUAACGCGCAGAGUAUUGGUGGACAUAGAGGGCAUGAGCCUGAAGAAGAAGUGGCUGUCAGGACUAGAACCUGAUGAUGUCCAUAUGAUAAUAGGCUCCAUGACAAUUGAUUGUUUGGGAAAACUGACGGAGUUGUCAGACUGCAAACGCAAGCUCUUUCCAGUGGGAUACCAAUGCUCAAGGGUGUACUGGAGUACUAUAGAUGCAAGGAAGCGCUGUGUGUACACCUGUAGGAUCCUAGUUUGCCAUCCUCCAGUGUCAGAAUGUGAUACCAAGAGCACAAUGACUCCUGAAGAAAAUCGCACAAUAGCACACAGCCCAUCUCCAAUAGCAGAUUUUCCAGAUCCAUUUGAGUCCCCAAGACGCUCUGACACACUUUCACCUUCAAGCGCCCCUAAACUCAGGGUUUACACUAGAAAUCGGCACCCCAGUUACCCUCCAGCUGGCCCUAGACCUAUGCUUUCUCCAGGAGGCACCACUCGAACUCCAAGCCAUGAAGUUGCAGCAGGACAUUCACAGCCAAAUCCCACAGUUAAAAAUGUUGACUCACGGCGCCACAGCUCUCCCUCUCUUUCCCCUCCUCAGUCGCUUAUCAGACAAAGAGGGGUUGUCUCUUCUCCCCAGAUUAUAUCAAGACCCCUAACGUCCCCACCUCCCCUAAUCCCAUCUCCUGCCAGAGACCCUGAAAGGUCGAAGCAUCUCGGCAAAGAAUCUGCUCACAGAGAAGAUGAAAAAAGUAGAAUGUUCUCAACAGACAAAAACAGAUGGCAGCAGAACAGAGAUCAGUCGCAUAAAGAUUCAAACAAAGUGAGAGUGUUAAGCCGAGACCAAGUUUCUAAGGAUACACAUAGGAAUAAAUCUAAAGAAAUUCGGCUAAAGGACCGGGGUCAAUUAUCAGCCAAAGAGCUUGAUCAACAGAAAUCAUUGACCAAAGAGUCAAAUGUUAAGGACAUGGAUAGGGGGCGAAUAGUAAACAGAGACCACUGUAGAGAUCCAGAAAAAGAGAGACAAAUGGCUAAAAGCUCUGAAAAGACAACCCAGCCCAACAUGUGCUCAACCAACAGAGAAACGGAAAAGAGUAAAACAUCCUCCCAGAUCCCAGUUGUUGAAAAAAAUAAAUUGCUCAAUAGAGAUACAGGUUUAAGAGACUCUAAUAAGCAUCGGCAGCAUAGUAGGGAAUCAGGGAAAGACUCAGGCCAAGGUAAAGACAGAUCAAGUCGUGAGUCUGACAAGAGUAGACUUCACCCCAGAGACUCAAACCACAGAAGCACAGAAAGGUAUAAAGACUCAGGGAAAGACGGUCACCAUGGAUCUCAGUUUAAAUCUGGAGGUGAGAUUAGGAGCUCCAGACUGACCCCUACAGGUCAGGGCCAGUCCUCUCCUCCUGCAGGCACUGCUGUUGUCACUGACAGACAUGAAAAACACAGGAGUAAUGAACUUUCUUCAAACUCAUCAUCUCGUCACAAACCUCUCUCCUCGUCAGACCUCAUCCAACUAAAAGAUAAGUCCAACUCAGGGAAGGUGAGCACCAGUGGCUCUGGAAAUGUAUUGCCCGCUGCAUUACAGAAGACCUCACAUCUCGGAAAAUCUGGCUCUCCUCAGCCAUUUCAAAAAGGCAGUUCACAAAAGUCACAUGAUUAUGUACAAAGCCCAAUCACAGCAGCAACAUUGAAGCCCCUGUGGUCAUCAAGGUCACCAGCAGAUGAGGACAAUUUAAAACAAGGGUCAAACUCCCCCACUGCAAAAGACAAACAUGCAAAGGUUAAAAAGUCAAGCAGCAGUCAAAUAGACAAAAGCCUGACAACAUGCAGCAAUGACAAUUAUUCCACUUUAAACAACAAUAAUAUUAAAACUACAGGUAGCUCAAAAGCAGAUACUCACAACUCCAGCAGCAAGCAAAACACAAUGAUCCGAAAUCACACCAAAGGUCAUAACAAAACUCAAGGAGAAAACAUUGAAAACUUGAAAGAAUCUUCAAAAAGCAGACAGAUGCCCUCUGAUUCUGAUAAAAAAAUAAUCCCAGAUCAUUCAAAACCAAUGCAGCAAACAAGCUUAGCCAUAGAGAAGUCCCAAACAAAACAGAACACAACUAACCAACUAUCUGUAAGAGAGAAAUCUUCCAAGCCCCUCACAUCUGCUUCUAUGCCAACCAAUCCAAAUAGUACUAACACUAUUGAUGGAAUUUCUUCUACUUGUCAUAGCACGGUCACUACCUCCUCUGUCUUACCUGCUGGUCAGAGAGGCUGCAGGUCAGCCAGCUCAAUUCACUUCUCAUCACCUUCCACUAACAGUGAUGGCUCUGAGUCAGACACCCACCCUCACGCAGCAGAAGAUGCUCUGCACAGAGGGUAUUCCCAAGACCUUCUCACGCAAGGCACAGAGGAUGACACUGAAGGCCAUGAUGAUGACCCCAGGAGUUUAGAUGACAAACACCAUGAGGAUGACAGUGAUGGCUCAGGGUCCGCAAAGAGGCGUUAUCCCCGCCGUAGUGCCCGUGCCCGCUCGAACAUGUUUUUUGGUCUCACGCCUUUUUAUGGAGUUCGCUCUUAUGGUCACGAAGACCUCCACUUUUAUGGUAGUGAAGAGGCGGGUGGACCAAUGCUCAAGAAAAGGUCCGGAGGUCGGAAGAAGUCGGCAGAAGGGCAGGUGGAUGGAGCAGAUGAUAUGAGUUCAUCCUCUUCAUCUGGUGAUAGCGGCGAUGAUGACAGUAACAAUAAUCCCUAUUACUAUAAUUUCACCCGAACAAUUAUUAACCCUGGGGAAGGACUCCCAUCAAUAGAAGGGAUAGACCAGUGUCUGGGACAAGGCUCACAACUCCAGCGCUUUCUCAAAGAUGAGGAGCAACAGAAGAGGCAAGCAAGCACAGAUGAGGACCUGUUAAGUGGCUUGUCCUUGGGACAGCAGCAUAUUGGUCAGCUGGAUGGUGUUGAUGAUGGUUCAGAGAGUGACACAAGCAUUUGCACCACCAGCACAACAAGCACUACAGCCACCUCCACUCCUCAUAAAAACACCCCCAAGAGAAGGACCAGAGAGAGGCACUCUGAGAAAAUGGACUCGCACCAUUCUAACAAGGAUUCUGACAAUAGCGCAUGUGCAGGGGGAGCAAACACACGAGAGGGCAGGAAGCAUCAGAAGGAAAACUGCCUUCCUCUUGGAGGAAAGUCUCAGGCGCAGAGCCAGGGACAGGAUCCUCUUGAUGCCCAGCUGUCUCUCAGCACGGACCUGCUUAAGUCUGACUCGGACAACAACAACAGUGAUGACUGUGGUAACAUUUUACCCUCUGACAUCAUGGAGUUUGUUCUAAACACACAGGCUGAGUCUUCCUCAUCAGAACUACUACUUGAUGAGGGCUAUGUUGGUGUAGACGUCAACAGACGCAAAGAGAUUCUCUUUGAGGACUUCUCACAGCCCAUGUCCAGUUCUGAGAGCGGAGGUGGAGUGGAGAGCAGUGUAAAUAACUCCAUGUCUGUGGAGGAGCCAUACCUGCCUCUUGAGCUGCCCUCUGACCUCUCUGUCCUCACCACUCGCAGUCCAACUGUAAGCACCAAUCAGAACCACACAGCUGGCAGUCUUAUCACAGACACCUCAGACCGCAGCAUGCUGAGCUUAACCCCUGACUCAGGCUCAAUCAGUGGAGGUAAAACUAGCAACAAGAAAAGAGCAGAAAAUCAACAUGACGCUACUGCUUUGGGAAAUCGAGAUAAUCAAGUGACUGAAGGUCACAUGACCCCAGAGCAGUUUAUUCCGAGUCCUGCCAUUGGCCAGGCAGUAGAAUCUACUGUGAACCCUGAUGUUCCCCGGGCUGCUGGAACUCCAAGUUUACCAAGUUCUCCAUCUAUCCCACUGCAGAAUCAGAAAUAUCUCCCAACAGCGGGCAGCCCUUGCCCAGUUACUGUGGCAGGACCGCCCCAAGUUACCAGCCCCGCAGUCAUCAAGACAGGCCCUGACAAGCUUAUUGUAGUUAAUCAACAGUUUCAGCCAUUAUAUGUUCUUCAAACUGUGCCAAAUGGCGUUACUCAAAAGAUAAGUGCUACAGGAGUUAUGGAUACCAGCUCGUCAGCAGUGCUGAGUUCCAUGACAUUGACAACAGGUCUGAAUACUAGUCUAACUCCAACUCAGCAAAUAUUUCCUACUACAGGAAAGGUUCUUAGCACAGUCGCUCAUCCUUCUCAGAUUCACACUUUCACAGGACCCGGACAGACAGGGUUCCCAACAGGAAUCCCCAGUACCACCUCAGGAUUGCUUAUUGGGUUGUCCUCGCAGCCCCAAGAUCAAUCCCAGAUUCUAGUUUCAGAGGCUGGUCGACCACAUGAAUUUGGCCCAAACCUUACUAUAGUUUCCAGUCCUUCUACACUAACCUCUUCAUCUAUUCUCCCUUCUGCUCAUGGGAAGAAAAGACCAAUUUCCCGCCUCCAGCCAAGAAAAAGCAAAAAGCCUCCUCGAUCGAGGAGUCAGCCUUCUCUGGCCCGCUCUGAGGCAGCUCCUCCAAACAUGACUCUCAUCAACUUCUCAUCCUCACAGAUUACCAGCAUCCCAGGCCAACCUGCUGGUCUUGUUGAACUGAAUACUCUUUCAACAUCUCAACGCAAAGUUCCUAACAUAAUUAAACGCCCUAAAUCUGGUGGGGUGAUGUAUCUGGAUCCCACUAGUCUUCUACAGCAGAGACUUCCUCCUACUUCACCUGGGAUUUUAGGGCAUGAUACUUCUGCCCACCUUCUACCAUGUACAAUGUCCAGUCUCAACCCGAGUCAGUCUGUGUUAAAUGUUGUGUCAGUGCCCCCUAGUGGAGUACUUGGACCAGGGUCAGUCUCUUUGUCUACUCCUGUCCUGAGCUCCACUGACAUUACAGGGCCAAUAAGUAACUCCUGUUUUAAGGCGGGCCCACAUGGUUUGGGCUUGUCAGAACAGCCUGUCGUCCUUCAGCCUGCAGGAGCCCCCUUAAUGUCCCAGCUUGGUUCCCCGGUUCAAACAUCUAUAGCUAGCAGCAUCUGUGUCUUGCCCUCUCAACAGAACAUCAGCAUACCUGUGAGCCAAGGAGAAACGGAGGGUAGUAAUGUCCAAUUACUUUCACAAUCUAUCAACAAAACUCAGACACUGGAAUCCAGUCAGAAUACGGUUAGUUUAGGUCAUGGGACAGCCACCCAUUUCAACCCCACCAAAGGACAGGUGUUGGGCGUUUUUACUCGCACACAAACACUGUCACCUUCGCAGAGCAGCAGAACUACCCCCAUUUCCAGAUCCUAUGAACAGAAGCAAAGUAACCCCAGCACCAUGGUAACAGUGACAGGAGGGGAAAAAGCUAAGGCAAAAAACAAGAGGAGUAUGCAAAAUCCUGAAGUUUUCGGAGGAAAGAAACAUAAGACCUAUCAGGAGCAUCACAACAACCCUCCAGUGAAAGUUUCCUCAAAUUCAAGUUCUAAAGGACCAUGUUCCCCAGAACCAAUGGACACUGGCAAACCUACAGACAAGACAAGUCAUCAGGGUAAAAAGAAGACAUCCGAAAGUCCUGGAAAAAUACUGGGCAAAGACAAAGCCUCACAUGCCAAAAGGACAGGGUCUAUUAUUGUGCCAUCACUACCUGGUCAGGAGGACAACACCAAGGAUACUGUUCUUGACAGCAAGCCGAAGAAGGGCAUCAUCUUUGAAAUCUCCAGUGAAGAUGGCUUCCACAUUCGCUGUGAGAGUAUUGAAGAGGCUUGGAAGUCCCUGACAGAUAAGGUGCAAGAGGCUAGAUCCAAUGCACGUCUUAAAGAACUCUCCUUUGAUGGUGUGAAUGCUCUACGGAUGCUAGGUGUUGUUCAUGAGGCAGUGGUUUUCUUGUUAGAGCAGUUGUCUGGCUCCAGACAUUGUCGUAGCUACCGUUUCCGUUUCCACAAGGCUGAAGAGUCUGAUGAUCCUCCAGUCAACCCACAUGGCUCAGCCAGAGCUGAAAUCCACAACAGGAGGUCUAUAUUCGAUGUCUUUAACUUCUUGGCCUCAAAACACCGCCAGCCUCCUGAGUACCAGCCACAGGAAGAAGAUGAAGAAGAGGGGCAGCUCAGAGUUGCCAGGCGUGCAUCCAUGGAGUUACCACUGGCUGUGAGGUUCAAACAGCUUAAGGCCACUUGUAAGGAAACUGUGGGAGUCUACAGGUCUCCAAUUCAUGGCCGUGGUCUGUUUUGCAAGAAAACUAUUGAUGCUGGGGAGAUGGUCAUAGAAUAUUCCGGGAAUGUCAUUCGUUCUGUUCUCACAGACAAAAGAGAGAAAUAUUAUGAUGGAAAGGGGAUUGGCUGUUACAUGUUUCGCAUCGAUGAUUAUGAGGUUGUAGAUGCCACAGUCCAUGGCAAUGCUGCACGGUUCAUUAACCACUCGUGUGAGCCCAACUGCUAUUCUCGCGUCAUUACUGUGGAUGGCCAGAAGCACAUAGUCAUCUUUGCCCUUCGCCGUAUCUUCUGUGGGGAGGAGCUCACCUACGACUACAAGUUUCCUAUUGAGGAUGCCAGCAACAAGCUGCCCUGCAACUGUGGCGCAAAGAAGUGCCGCAAAUUUCUCAACUAAAGAGGGCCUCUGGGAGACUCCUGCUGAGAUCCUGGGAUUGGCUGGUUGGUUACAACUUCAAGGGCCAUUUUGGAGGAGGGGCCAUUUGUAGAGAUUUUCAACAUGUUGUGCCUCAUUUGUUAUUGUAUGGUCUGGAAAAGGGAUUUAACCAAUUACAGAAAGGAAAUGGUUUUAAGCCUUCAAUUGUACUGCAAUAUCAAAAUUUAAAUUUGGUGUUCUUUCAGAUACUCUGCAUUGGCCCAUCCUCCUUACUUUCCUAUGUAUUGCUUUUAUGUCAAGAUUCUGUGGUCCACCAAUGCCAGGACAUUAUUAUAUAAGAAAAAGAUAUCAAAGAACUUUGUUCCAUUUUACACCAAAGUGCAAUUUGUUUAAGGGACUCGGAACAGUAAUUUGACACUUUUUUUUUUAAACUGUUACUGAUGCACAUUUCCCUGUCUGAAUGUGCCCUGAUGCCUUCACAGUUGUAGAUAUCAACCAGAGGCUUCCCCAGCAAGUGUUUAUUAAGCGCUUAUUAGUGUACAUUGAACACUGUAAAUAGAGAUCUGUGCGUAACACAGUUUGUACUCGCUGCUUAGAGAGGAGCUGGAGAUGCAGUAAGGAAAGGCCAUAUGAUGGAUGGUUGAGGGAGUUGUUCAAAACAGAAUGCCUGAUUUAAAUUGCUUUUAGGCUAACUAUGUGGUAGGUAGCCAUGUUUAUGUAGAUUUAGUUUGGGCGAAGAGUUGGGCCUCCAAAGCAAGGCAGCUAGAGAUUCUGGUGGACUGACAGCCAAUGGACUGGAGUACUCUACUGAUUUGUUUAGGGCAGACAUAUUUAUGAUGCUAGUUGUGAUCCAGAAUGGGAUUUGUAUAAUGUACAGGAGAGAUUGAAUCAAUGCAGGUUGCAUGUUUGUUUUUUUUUUGUUUUUUUUAUAAAACUUUGUGGUACAAAUAUAAGCUCAGUAAAUUGUGUUCCAAAAACAGCCGCAAGGAGAACCAAACAUUGUGACCUUAAUUUGAAUUUGAACCAUUUUCUUUAUGCACCUCUUGGGAUAAAUAUUACUACAAAUAUUGUUUUGUUUGUUUUGUAUAGUGUUGAGUCUUUUAAAAUUUUGCCCGUUGUCUGUCUUUUUUAUUAUGGGCAGGGAAAUAUGCUUGCUUUUUAAAAUGUACAUAAUGUAUAUUUUUCUAUAAAAGACUUAAAAGCACUCACUAGUGAAUAGCACUUAAUGGUAUUUAUAUUUUUUAAGAAAUCAUAUUUAUUUUAUUGCCAUUUUUCUAGGAAAUAGAGGUUUACAGACACUAAUGCUUGGUCUGUGUUUUGUAUUUUUGCUGCCUUUUCAGUUGUGAUGUUUUCUGUUUUUGUGGUUUACAGUUUGAUUUGUGGCUGAAUGUUUUCUUUGAUUCCAAAGACUGACGCUGGUCUGUGACUUGGUCCUGAGUUCAGUCCACCAGGAACUCUUUAUUCCAGUGCAUGGGUCAGGGCAGAGCUAUUUCAUCAGUGUCAGUUGUGUGAAUCUAUAUGCACUUGAGAGAGCUCAGAUUGUUCAUCCAUAGCAGAUAUCUCCUCUCUCCAGCCUUAUUCUUCUCAUGCCACAUUACACGGAAAAUCCAACACCAGGCAAAAACAUCCGACUUGCCAAUAAUCCAGAACCACCAGACUUGAAUUGGUAAUAGCUGUUGGAAAUAAUAUAACAAAUAUAUUUGCAUUUUGAUCUGACCUGGUUGUGAGUACUAAGCAGGUGCCUUUAAUGACAGAAAGCUACAACAUAUAAAAUGUCAUAACCAUCCAGCCUCUCCACAUCUUUAUAAAACCACUCUUUACUGGUGACCACUAUUGAUCAUCUUUUCAAGACUUCUUGAAUUAGCCUCUUUUGUUAUAAUUAUUGUCUUCUGAUGUAUUGAAACAAGCAGAACUGAUCAGACUGUUCUUUGCUGUUCAUGCCCAUAUCACCUAAAGGUCAUUAGCACUCCAACAGUCAGCUGGCACAAACAGGAGAAUGUGUGACACAUCAAGAACAGUUUUGUAAUCAGUUGUGCCUGUAUGGUCGCUGUGAGCAGCAGAGGGCAUGUUUGAGGCUCCAGAAAAAGUGCACUUGACUCUUUUCUGCCAUGUAGUGAGAGCAGGGACCACUCCAGCAGCCCUUCUCCUAUUCGCACACCACCAGGGCUGUACUGCCACUGGUUGGCUGGGUUCUGCUUAAGCCUGACAUGAAUGUAUUUUACCUGGGCAUAAUUUGACCUAUGAUACAUUUGUUUUCACUACACUGACAGAGAAUAGAGUGGUGAACUACAGUUUUGAUGUUCAUACAGGGAUUUAUAAUUCAGUGACUUCUUUCAGCAAUGAUGCUAUAGCUUCAUAACGUCAAGGGCUCCAUCUAGGACUUGCAUUUAAUGUGAUGGAUCCAUUCACAGAAACUGUCACAUACAUAUACACAAGAAGGGUUUUAGUUAUGUUAUCUGUGCCAGAUCAGUGACCCAUCAUUCUCUGUAAUUAUAGUAUAAAUACAUACAACAAUAUUAUAUGGAAACAUGCAUAGUCAUUUCUUGUACUUUAGUAUCUAUAUAAUAUAUGGAAUGGAAAGACAAAACUUAGUUACAGUAGCAAAACAACAGACUAUAAUGGUUAAUAGCAAUGUCUCAGUGUAAUAUUUAACAGGUUUGUGUUUCAGAUACAACAAAUCAUUCUUUUGUAUAUUGAUAUCCAGUGCCUGUAAAUGUCUUCGCAUCAGCGCUGGACAUUACAGUGUCUCUUUGGUUUCUUUAUUUGUGUUGAGAAAUGUUAGUGUUAUUAAUGUGGUUGUGAACUUCUGGAGGCCAGCCAUUUUGGUUUCUCUCACUUGGUUAUUGUCAGUGAAUGUUCUUUCUGUUUCCAUUGUAUGUUUUAAUGGGACUGUUUAGCGGGCUUAUUGAUGUGGUAUCAAUUUGAUUUUUGUGGAGCCUUUCCGAUAGCUGUAAAACAUCCACCCAGAUUCAUUUUAUUAUUUGGAGCCUCUUGUGUCUCUCUUAAGCUUCAGUUGUACUUAUUAAUGUACUGUUUUAUUAGAAAGUCAUAAUGCUGAGUUAAUAAUGAAAGAUUUUAUUUAUUUAUUUUCGGGCAGCAUCUUCCCCCCGAGAUAUUGACCUUUUCAUGUACCUGUAAUUUCUUUGUUGUGCAUAGACGUUUUCAGUCCAGGACUGGAAGUCAGUGGAAGGCAGUGGAAUCGCUCAGAAAAGGCUCUUUUCUUAUGCCUUGAAUAUACCUUUGUCUUAUCAAUAUUUCUCUCUGUAAUAAUAAUAAUGAGUAUAGAAUGGUCAUAAUUUCUCCUGUUUUUGACAGUAUUUCUCUCAAUAUACACAUUUACAAAAUGAAGGAAAACCAACCAUGGUGAAAAUAAACCACAAACUACUUGGUUGAAUGUAUAAUUAGGAAACAAAGUUGUACAUAAAUGUAAAAAGAAAAGUUUCUAAUCAUGUUUAUUUUCUAUGCACUUUUUUAUUUAAGUGAUAGUUUAAAUAAUAAACAUGUCUUCUUUACUCUU